AUCUGAGUUUCGCGGGAGGGCUCUUGAGCGCGUAAACCGUAUCCCUUCAUUCAUCAGGCCGUUUCCUGAAGCCAUUUCUAGACGAGGGGAACGAGAGUUGUGCUACUUUUUAAUCCGUUGCAUCUGCCUAAAUGCACUUUCUUAAGGAACAAUACUUUACAAAAGUCGAUGAAUCAGACUGUAAUCUUUACUUCGGUCUGAUUAUUUUUUUAAACUAUUGCGGUUUAUUAGCAGCCAUACGGGCUUGAAAGUGCAGAGACAAGAAAGGGGUUAUCCCGAAUCCGCAAGAUGAGAAGAGGGAUCUCCUCGGCUCCGGACAAAGUGAUUUUAGCAGGGGUUGGGGGCUCUCCUCUGGACAAUAAUAUCAUUUUAACAACUCUCACGGAUCGUUUAAACCCCGGUCAAACCAACGCUACGUAUAUCCAAAUAAUAACCACCCCACCGCCUUGCAACGUUACACAGACAUCAAAUGUGUGUUUAUCUGAACCUCAGAUAAACAACAUUUACACAACUCCACAACAAGCUGCAGCAAACGGAGCAGGACAACGACCCGCUCUGGGGAGACCGCCGGCAAAAAGGCGGUUGGCGCUCGAUGAUUCAGACCACCAGUACCAGUCGGAACCAGCCAGGACUCCGAGGAGCAGAGCAGGGGCUGCGGUGGCCAAUGGGGCACGGCUAAAGACACCCAGAACACCCAAGUCUCCACCCGAGAAGACUCGGUACGACACCUCCCUCGGCCUGUUGACAAAGAAGUUUGUCGACCUUCUUGCCCAGUCUUCUGAUGGCGUCUUAGACCUCAACCUCGCCGCUGAAAAAUUACAGGUACAGAAAAGGCGGCUGUAUGAUAUCACCAACGUACUAGAAGGCAUUCACCUCAUCAAGAAGAAAUCAAAGAACAACAUUCAGUGGAUGGGCUGUAGUCUGUUGGAGGUAGAGGGGGCACUGAGCCAGAGACAGAUACUAACAGCGGAAGUUUCUGCACUGGGAGAAGAGGAGCAGAGGCUGGAACAACUCAUCCAGAGAUGCAGCGUGGAUAUGAGACACAUGAGCGAGUUGCAAAGCAACCAGAAAUAUGCCUAUGUAACGUACCAAGACAUCAAACAGCUGGGGAACCUCAGAGACCAGACUGUUAUUGUUGUCAAAGCGCCCACAGACACCAAACUAGAAGUACCAGACCCUGAUGAGAGUUUGUCCAUCCAUCUGACCAGCACUAAGGGUCCUAUAGAUGUGCUGCUGUGCCCAGAUGAGGAGAACGACCCUAGGAGUCCUGUAAAAAACGGCAGCAUGGACAUCAAUGGGAACUCGCCUUUCCUCAAAGUCCUUCAAGGUCCCACCUGCACGACCACUUCUUCUUCCAUACCCUCCUUGGCUCCACCUUCUUCUUCGGCCGUCUCCGUCACUACUCUCUCCCCCAUCUCGUCCCCUUACACCAGUCUCCUCCAGCAGACAGAAGACCAGAUCCCUUCAGCCCUGGGGCCUUUCUUAAACCUCGGGCCUCCUCUUCUGGACCAAGAUGAUUACCUUUUAGGUUUAGGAGAUGACCAGGGAAUCAGCGACUUGUUUGACGAAUGUGACUUUGAUAAAAUGCCUUCUGGCCUGGAGGAUCUCAUGUGCAGCUAGCAUUAGGUCAUAUCAACUCAGAUUAGGUGCAUGGGAGUUAGACAGAGAAUCAGUGAGGGUUUUGAUGGCUCUGACUGACUGUCUGUAGUUAGUGCAAACCAAUUCUAAAUAGAUGGAAAGGAAUCAUUGAGGGCUUCUUUUUCAGUCCCAGUGGGACUAAACGCCAUGUUUUUUCAUGGUGUGAGAAAUAAUUAGCCUUGCAUGAUUUAACACAAAGACACGACUGGUCAGUGGUAAGGCAUCCAUUACUCUUUGUCUCAGGCUAUGUAAGGCCUCCAGGGUCAACCCGAAAAUGUGUCUGUUUCGUGAAGUAUAAAUUGGGAGAGGAAGGAUUUCCACCUGUAUGACAUAAUGUUCACGUGACGCCACUGGACAGAGAGACUAACAAAGACAGGGCAGCUCGAAGGAAAACUCACCACACCACCUGGCAUUACCACACACCAUGGAUUUGGUUUAGCAUAAAACCCAAGUGUAAAUGCACCUGAGAUGCACAGAUGUGAGCAGACAAAACCAUCAGUAGGCUGCUCAAGAGUAGAGUAGGAAAACUGUGUGUACUGUUCAGCACUGUCCUGCAAUUGAUCAAUCUGACGGGCCUGUAAAUCUGCGUUUGAGCAAGAAAAGGACAAGGUUGAUCUGUGUAUUCCCAGUGAUGCGUUUUCUUGUCAGGUGUUCGGAAUUCUUCCAGAGUUGUUAAUGCAAAGUGCUGUGGGGGCUAAUGCUGGCAUUCUAAUACACCAAUGAUCUGUGAUCGAAGGCUCAUGCUGCUGACAGUUAAGUGGGGAUUUUUCGUGUUAAAAUGUAAAACAUUUUAGAAAUAAAGAAAAGAAAACAGGGCAAUUUUGAUACACAGCGUUCACGACUACAGUCGUCGUUAUCCGAUGGUUAGGUUAGGCAGGCGGAGGUUUUGGUCACCUGUCUCGUCGCUGUGCCUGCUCGGACACUUGUCAGGUUACCCAUUGUGCUAUUUUGGCUUAGAAAGGAUACAAGGACAAUUAUAAAGUUGCCAAGAGUUUGAGUAUUUUGUACAUUUAAGCCCCAUUUAGAUGUAUUAAGAGCUGCAAGAAAAUACUGCGUUGGAGUGCAAAUGACACAGUUGUCCAUAUUUAACAAAAACUGUAAGAUGGCAAUGACGACAGGAGUGUGUACUCUAAAUGCUCUAAAAGUAGACAGAUGAGCACUAUUUUUUAAAUGUACAAAAUACUCCCAGUAUGCCUCAAGGCUAGUAAUUAGUUUGAUCCCCUUGCACACAAUGUGUCUCUUGUGCUUUAUCAUCCAAUUUUUUUAAUGGAUUUAGUAGAUACAUUUAUUAAGGGACCUUUGAAAUCUGUUCACCUUGUCAGCCUGUUAUCUACUGAUCGAGUGGGCAACCUUUUUGUACAUGUAGUAUACAUUUACAGUUUGAUGAAUACAAAUGUUUAACAUUAGAACACAUUGUGAUGUUUAACUUAACAUGACCCAUGUGCUGACAGCACAAAAAAAAAGCCAUCUUACCUGGGUAAUGUGGGGUUAAGCAAAAACACCUGAUAUACUUGUACAAGUCUGGCCCGUUA